AUGGGAUUCAGGAUCCGAGAUUUGGGAUUUGGGGUUUGGGAUUCAGGGUUUGAGAUUUGGGAUCUGGGAUUUGGGAUUCAGGGUUUGGAAUCUGGGAUUUGGGAUUCAGGAUUCAGGAUUUGGGAUUCGGGAUCGGGGAUUCAGGGUUUGGGGUUCGGGAUUUGGGGAUUCGGGGAUUCAGGAUUCGGGAUCUGGGAUCUGGGAUCUGGGAUUUGGGAUUUGGAGUUUGGGAUUCAGGAUCGGGGAUUUAGGGUUUGGGGCUCGGGGUUCGGGAUUUGGGAUCGGCGAUUCGGGAUUCAGGAUUCAGGAUCUGGGUUUUGGGGUCUAGGAUUUGGGAUUUGGGGUUUGGAAUUUGGGUUUCAGGAUUUGGGAUUUGGGAUCGGCGAUUCGGGAUUCAGGAUUCAGGAUCUGGGAUUUGGGAUCUGGGGUUUGGGAUUCAGGAUCGGGGAUUCAGGGUUUGGGGCUCGGGGUUCAGGAUUUGGGAUCGGGGAUUCGGGAUUCAGGAUUCAGGAUCUGGGUUUUGGGGUCUGGGAUCUGGGAUUUGGGGUUUGGAGUUUGGGAUCGGGGAUUCGGGAUUUGGGAUCUGGGAUUCGGGAUCUGGGAUUUGGGGUUUGGGGUUUGGAAUUCAGGAUUCGGGAUUCGGGAUCCGGGAUUUGUGGUUUGGGAUCCGGGAUCUGGGGUUCGGGAUGAUUUUGGGAGGGGAUUUUGGGAUGUGCUGGGGGUCCCGGUCGGUCCGGCGGCGCCGCUCCCGCUGCGCGGGGCCGGGAAGGGCGUUCGGGAUCAGCCGCGGAUUGGAGCGGCCGCCCGGGAUUCCCAAAAUCCCCAAAUCCCCUUAAUCCCGGGAGAGGGGGGCGGGGCAGGCGCCAGCUGCUGCUGCUGCUGCUGCGGCUGGCCUCCUUAGCCACGGCCCCAAAUCCCGGGAAACGGCCCCAAA